GCGCUGCACAUGCGCGUUCCGAACUUUUAGCGACUUCCUGCCAAAUAGUUGUCCCUAACAACAAACGGCGCCCCACCGAGGGAAUUUCACUUCAAGGGAUCAUAAAGUUUCCUCGAAAGUAGUGCUUGGUGAAAUGGGCUUUGGCCAAAGCAGAAUCAGCGGCAACUGCUGAGACUGACGGCACAGAUUUCCCUGAGCGGACGGUGAAGACGUCCUCUCUCAACGGCAUGGACGAAUCACAGGAGGUGCCCGAGUUACCUACAAAAAAAGCUCGGCAUGAUCCAGAAGUGAGUCAGGAGGGUGAUUCACGUAGCGUCGUUGCUAAUGACAGCAGUGACUCCCCAAACCGGGAUGAAUCCUCAACACAGUCAAACGUCAACUCCUACCCUCCAUCCUCUGUCACACACUUGCACUCUAUUCCUGGGGCUCCAGACCAGUCUAAUCAAGAGACGAUAUCAAGAUCCCAGGGCUGCGUCACAGAAAAUGCAUAUACUCACAACGUGACGUGUAAAGACCUCGCCACAACCACAUCAACUGAAUAUACCUCACAGAUGUACCAAGGAAGCAACACCGCUGUCACCGCAUAUGCCAGUCAAGUGGCUUUCCCCUCCCUGGGCCAGUCAUCAAUGUACAGCGCCUUUCCUCAGUCCGGCCAGACAUACGGACUGCCACCAUUUGGCGCCAUGUGGCCAGGCUUAAAGACCGAGCUGCCCGAGGCGCCCUCUGUUGGUCAGACGGGAUUUCUCAGCUUCAGCUCAGCCUAUACCUCAACCCAACCCAACCAGAUCCACUACUCCUACCCCAGCCAAGGUUCCUGUUUUACUACAUCCAGUGUGUACACUAACAUCCCCCCAUCAACCGCAGUGACCACAGCUGCUGGCACACAUCAGGAGUUUACAAGUUACAACUCUGUUGGUCAAAAUCAGUUUUCCCAGUACUACGUUCCUCCUCCCAGUUACAUGUCUGCUGGGCUGCCUAGCACUGAUAGAGAUGGAGCAGGGGUGGUGGCACCUGGAUAUCCUGCCAUUAAGACAGAAGGCAGUGCCUCUGCAAACCUGCCCAACACUACAGAUGCUUCCCCAGGUGUGACGCUCCCAACCGGUGUGGCUCUGCCCGCUGGCAUGGCCCUUCCCACAGGAGCACGAGACCAAGACGAGCAAAACCGCAAAACCCCUGCUGGCAAAGCUAAAGGCAAAGCCAAAAAAUCUGACGGUUCCCAGUCUACAGACAAUGACCUUGAGCGUGUCUUCUUGUGGGAUCUGGAUGAAACCAUCAUCAUUUUCCACUCGCUUCUCACUGGCUCAUUUGCACAGAAGUUUGGAAAGGACCCAGCAACAGUUCUCAAUUUGGGUCUUCAGAUGGAGGAGUUGAUCUUUGAGCUUGCAGACACGCAUCUCUUCUUCAAUGAUCUGGAGGAAUGCGAUCAAGUCCAUGUUGAUGAUGUUGCCUCGGAUGACAAUGGACAGGAUUUGAGCAACUACAACUUCUCCAGCGAUGGAUUCAGUGGACCUAGUGCAGGUAGUGGUCCGGGUUCAACUGCAGCGGUACAGGGAGGAGUGGAGUGGAUGCGGAAACUGGCUUUCAGAUAUCGCAGACUUAAAGAGAUCUACAAUGGAUACAAAGGGAACGUAGGAGGUCUGUUGAGUCCAAUGAAGAGAGAUCUGCUGCUCAGACUGCGUUCAGAGAUCGAGACAGUCACAGAUGCCUGGCUGAGCACCGCUCUCAAAUCUCUAUUGCUUAUUCAGUCAAGGGGCAGAUGUAUGAAUGUUUUGGUCACCACCACUCAGUUGGUUCCUGCUUUAGCUAAAGUGCUUCUAUAUGGCCUGGGUGACGUUUUUCCCAUCGAGAACAUCUACAGCGCCACUAAAAUAGGAAAAGAGAGCUGUUUUGAACGCAUCAUCUCUCGCUUUGGGAAGAAAGUAACCUAUGUUGUUAUAGGCGACGGCCGUGAUGAAGAGUUUGCAGCAAAACAGCACAACAUGCCAUUUUGGCGAAUCUCUUCUCAUGGAGACCUGAUUUCUCUUCAUCAAGCUCUGGAACUGGACUUUUUAUAGAUGUAGCUGGAAGUGAGACCUGGAUCUUUCCAGUUGCAUCCGUCAGCAACCCCAUUCACCUUAACCACCACAGCCGUGGAGAAGCUGAGGUCAUCUCUGGACGCUAGCAGUCACAGACAAGAACUCAAGAAAAUCUGUGACUGAAUCUCACAAGGCCUCUAUUCCCCCAAUGGCAGCUAUCCUCCCCCUUAAGCUGAACCUUGCACUGGGACGCCACACAAGCAUACACAAGGAAAACACUGUCUCCCAUUCUCACUGCAUCUUUCUCUCGGAAAUUGGAUGUAGCUGUACCAUCUUCAACGUAACUGGAUUCACCAAAGGAACAACUCAUGACCAAAGGUCUGCACUGGCACAGAAACUUGGCAGUUUGUUGAAGCUCUGUCUUUUUCAUUUUUUAUUUAGCAUUCUUUUUCUUUUUAAUGGGCUAGAGAGAAAUUUGGGGUCAUUUUGAUUUGCACUCAUUCCAAAGGUCAGGAUUUUUGUUCUUAUAUCUGAAAUAGCAGGUUGCAUUCAUUAGAAGGCUCAGACCAAUGCUUAUUUCUGUUCUUAAAAGGACAGUCCACCCCAAAAUGUAAUUCAACUUUUUCGAAGUCCAUCCAAGGUUUACACAUUUUUAAAUUUUGUUCAGUUGAGCAUUAUUGAAGUUUUUCUAGCCAAAACCAUCCUUAAAAUAAUGACUACAAAGAAUUCCAAAAAACCCUGUGGCUUCUGAUGAUACAUAGAGAGGUCUGUGCAAGAAAAUGAACAUGAUUUACAACAUUACCUAGUCCAUUGGCUCUGCAAUGUUAGAAGUAAUAUUCAGAUUCUUGCUCAGAGCUUAAUAAGUCCUUAAAUAUCAUAGGUAGUAAUUAUAUUUGUUGAUGUUAGUGAUAUUUGCCUUUAAAGUUUUGUUAAAAGAAAAAAAGUCAUCUACAUCUUGGAUGGCCUGAAGGUGAAUUAAUCAUACAUGUUUUUUUUUGUUUUUUUGGGUAAACCAUCCUUUUUUAGAUGGAUGACAGUCGUGGCCUGUUUAAUAUUUGUUUUCAGAUGGUAUCUGCAGGGUUUAGCAUAGAUUCAGUUUCAUUUAAUCUCUAUCUUUAUAUGACAUUUCUGAAAUGCUCUGUUCCAGGAGGCUGUAUGCAUUUUAUUUUAUUGUGCACGUCAUCAAUUCUGCUCCAAAUUAGGCACAUUUAUUGAGUACCAAAUGGAAGCCAUAUUACCUUAUCUACAUUUUAUUCCUUUUUUUUCUCGUAAGAAUAAAUUAUCCAGAAAUGAAAAUGGUAAUUUACAUGACUUUCAUUACAAACUCAAGAUGUUUCAUUACAAACACAAAAGAUGUUAAAUAGAAAGUUCAUUGUCCUCUUCUCCUUUUACAAGCUGUUUUCCCCCUUCGCUGUAUAGCUCCAAAAUCAACCGUGCAUUUCAAGACUCUAAAAUAGCUAAAACUUCCUACACUCUUCCUUUUGAUUCAAAAGUAAAAACCACAUACAAAAAUGAAAUUAUUUGAGUCUGAACUGGGCCAAUUAAAAAUUCAGUUGCGUCAUUUCAUUAAAAUUCAGAUUAAGGUUUUGUUUUCAGCUAAACGUGGGCUCCGGGAAUGUUUUGCCCUAAUAGAAAUGUUAAAUAAUGCAAUCAUGAGCCAUAUGAACUAACUUGCAUUAUUGUACCCUGAGAUGAGUGGUAAUUCAUAACAUACGUCUUGCUUAUAUCCAUAAUUACCCUUUUAUUUGAAGCUGCAGGACCCCAGGCUGUGACCCGUUUCUUUUGUUUGUAUGCGUUUGGGAGAAAAUCUGAUAAGUGUGCAAUACAUUUCUGGUCAGUGAUAAAGGAUGGUUUCAGUUUUGGUUGAAGGUGGUUUUAUGAGCUGGUUUUCGGGUGUGAAAUUCCCACCUAUGUGAGAUUUUGACUGAACAUUACUGAGCCUGAAGAAAAAGCAGUUUUACUCAAGCAGCUUUGACAAUUAAGAAUGUGUACUCUUCGUUUGUUUGCAUAGAUGUGUGUGUCUGUGUUUCUUUUCCUGUACAUAUUUAUAUUGUGCCUUUUAACUAUAAUCGCCAUUCAGUAAGUGUAUUAUCGUAAAGGGAAUUACUGAAAUAUGACAAACAUAUGCAAAAUGACAGACAUAUGUUUGUGGUGUUUGUUUUUCUGGUGAAGUGUUAGCUUUGACUGACUCGUAGGCCUGUGCCGUUAGCCCUCAUUUUUAAGUUUGGUACUUUUGAUGUGCGCUGAAUUUUGUCUCUGCUUAAAUCUUUUUUUUUUUCCUCUCGAUAGCCCAGCCAAUCAUAUGCUGGUUUUCAUUCACUUCUGGUGCUUUUUUCCAACUUCGCUUCCUGUAUUUUUCAGGAAAGAAAUGAUGUAGUCCCUGUAUAGUGUCUAUUAUUUACACCUAACUGAAGAUACUUGACUGUAUCAUCAGGAGAUCUUGGGAUUCAUUACUAAUGCAUAGACAAUCAAAGGAUGUAACAGCUUUUUGCCAGAGAAUAAGAAGUGCUUGAUCUAGACCUGGAAUUACAUUUGAGCUUUUUAGUAAAGUAGAGAAACAUCUGGCAUAUUCCAACUGAAACUGGCUAAAGAUGCAAAUAUCUGUACCUACACUGUUUAUGGUUUUGUGUAAGUGAAGUUCAUUAAACACUUUGAGGCUGGCCUA